AUGACUCAAUUCUGGGUUGUGACACGUACAGUUUGGUAUGGUACGGAGUUGGCAAAAACAGCCCUACAUGGUGAUGAAGCUGAGUCUUAUGCUCAGCUACUUUGGUUCAGUGAGUCUGUUAUGAAGUCAAACCCCGACUCUAGGAUAGUGGUUGAGUUUCAUCGAGAAACACACAGGUUUCAGCGUAUGUUUGUGAGCUAUGGUGCAUGGAUGAAGGGUUUUCAAUCUUGUAGACCUAUUCUUUUCAUUGAUGCUACAUUCAUUACCAACAAGUACAAGGGGCAGAUUAUUGCUGCAUCGGCAAAGGAUGCCAAUCAAGGCUUGUAUCCAGUUGCUUAUGCUAUUGUGGAUUCUGAAAAUGAGAGUAAUUGGAGAUUUUUUCUUGAGGUUUUGGCUGAAGAGUUUGCAAAACACCCUAUAAGGAGGGUGACAUUCAUUUCUGAUCGUCAUGUUGGGCUUGUUAGUGCUUUCCCUAGAGUGUUUCCUAAUAAUCCACAUGGGUUUUGUUUUAGACACCUGAUGUCUAACCUUUCUGACAAAUUUCCAGCUGGAUCUUACCUCAAGGAUCGGAUUCCUUACUUGUUUAUGUGUUGUGCUUAUUCUCGCACACCGGAGAUGUAUGAGUUCAACAUGGAAAUCUUGAGGAGUGAAGGCGGUGACAUAGUUGCUCAAUUUCUGGAGGAUCUUCCUAAGGAGAACUGGUGUAUGGCUUACUUUAAUGGCGAAAGAUUUGGUGAAAUGACAAAUAACUUGGCUGAGUCUUUCAAUAAUUGGGUGUUGCCUUUGAAGAGUCUUCCUAUUCUUGAUAUUAAUGAUGGCAUUAGAGUGAAGUCCAUGGCUUCAAUUGCUGCUCGGAAGCAGGAUGCUCAUGAAUGGUUGUCUGAGUUGUGCCCAGUGAUUGAAAAGAAGCUGAAGGACAAUUUGGAAGUCGGAAGACAUUGGAGAGUGAGCAGGUCUGAUACCUAUGUGUAUGAAGUUCACUGCCAGAAGUACAAUAGCAUGGUAAAUUUGGAAACUCGGUUUUGUUCGUGUGGAGAAUGGCAGCUGUAUGGCUUCCCAUGUUCCCAUGCACUUGUAGUGAUCCAAAAACAUGGUUCUUCCCCGUAUUUGUAUGUCAAUGAGCUGUACAAGGUGGAUAAAUAUCGAGAAACUUAUUCUUUCCCAAUUAAUCCUCUUCCCUCUAUUUCGAAGCAAGUGCAUGAUUUUGGUAGAGAUGCGGUGAUCUUGUAG